AUGAACUACACUUUCGGGGACAGGGUGAAGAAACUUGUGAAUGCCUCUGCGAUAGACAAAAGCGAGAAAGACGCCAUACUGUCGCUGGGCAGGAUCACCUACAAGGAGCUGAGGGAGGCACACCAAAAGUGCAGCGGCGAGCCGGACGUUGGGUCUCUGAUGCACUAUAUGAGCGACCUGACUCCGGUGUUCCGUGUCUACGACCGGGAGGGGCUAGCGAAGGCCGCCAAGACGGACGAGUUCAAGGCGUUGAUGAGCAGGUUGAGGGCCGAGGAGAAGGAGAGAGAGUACCGCACGCUGCUGAAACGGGGCCACGAUGCCGGGGCCCACGUGGACGGGAUCGGCAGCUAUGCCUUCCUCGCAGGGCGGGGCCAGGCGGGCAGCGCCGGCCAGGCGGCGAAAGAGGUUAAGCACCAGCUCACUACGAUCGUCAACAUCCUCAUCACGGUGGUGUCUGCCGGGUACGCCGUGUGGUACUGGAGCGGCAGCAGCAUGGGUCUCUCCCGGGACGCCGGCGCCGCCGGCAACAUGGGUGUCCGGGUGCUGCUCAGUCUGUUUGCAGCAGUCUUGGUGCUCGUGGCCGAGAUCGUCGUGUUCGGCGGCUACCUGCGGAAGGUCGACGACGCCCGCACCAAGGAGCAUGCGCUGGUGGAGGACCGCAGUGUCGUGCAGACAAUCGUUAUCAAGGGCAAGGGCGCCACCGCAAGCAGCGGUCCUACCCGUGACAGGGCCAGCAUCGGCAAGAAGCGAAAAAGGAAGGGCCGCGCCGCUUACGUCAGCGCGCCCACUCGCCGCGACACGGACCAGAUAGCCUCUUUUCUGCGGCAGCAGCGAGCUUUCGGAGAAGCAGGGACGCCGGAGGCUAUAUUGGCGGCUCGGGGAGCAGAGCAACAGGCUCUGCGCUGCGGAGGAGCAGGAACUGCGGAGAAACGUUGUAGUUGUAUAAAAAGGAAGCCCAUUCCGCUGCUGGCUUGGUCGGGGCAGGCAUGGCCUUGUCGGCACACGUGA